AGCCAAUUGCUCGACUUGCUGGGACCCACGAAUUGCCGCUGCAUUCUUUCUUUUCCUCAUUUCCACUGAUUGGUCACCCAAUCAAACAGCCGGUGCAUUUGCUCUUAUGGGGUGUUCUUCAAUAAUAGAGAUAUUUCUGUGUUGAUUGAUCAGUCUAGCUAUCGAACUCCUAGCUCCCUCAUGGCUUCUUCUUCUGUACUGGUUAUAUUCUUACUCAGUACUGUUUUGAUUAUUAUCUCGAUCAUGCCCAAUGUAAAAGCUCAAAGAAACCACUCCAAAUCCAAUUUUAACAUCAGCCUGGGCUCCUCUCUAUCCCCCAAUGUUGAUAACCUCAGUAUUUCUUCAUGGUUGUCAUCUUCUGGCCGUUUCGCCUUCGGUUUCUACCCACAAGGCAACGGCUUUGCUGUUGGUAUACGGCUUCUUGAUCCACCAAACAACACAGUUGUGUGGACUGCAAAUCGAGAUGACCCCCCUGUCUCCCCAAACUCUACACUGAAACUAACAAGAGACGGUCUCUUGCUUCGAUCAGAGGGAGGCAAAGAAAUACCUAUUGCUAAUGGCUCAAGUUUACAAGCGACUGGUGCUUCAUCAAACUCAUCAACUGCGUCUGCAGCUAUGCUCGACUCCGGAAACUUUGUACUGUAUGAUAAGACUUCUCAUGUUAUCUGGGAGAGCUUCGGUCUCCCAACGGAUACAAUACUGGGAGGCCAAGAUUUGUGGCCGCCCAUGGGUCUGGUAUCUAGUGCAUCUGUUGUAGACCACUCCAGCGGGCAAUUUUCCUUGGUGAUGCAGGAUGAUGGACACCUUGUAGCCUACCCGCCAAACAGUUCUUCUGCUUAUUGGGCUUCUAUGACCUAUAGUGGUUUCCAUCUUACUCUCAACCUAUCAGGCUUUCUCGUUUUGAGUAGCCAAUCCAGUGAUCUGAUUGUUCAGGUCUUGGCAAACGGCUCGUACCAUCACCCACAAGACAAUCAAACCACAAUCUACCGAGCAACGCUUGAUGUCGAUGGGAAUUUCAGAUUGUACUUGCAUAACUUUCUGAUGUCCGGUAGUUCAGAGGGAGCUGUAAUGGCUAUUUGGUCAGCUUUGCAAGAUCCUUGCGACGUCAAAGGCAUUUGUGGCUUCAACAGUUAUUGUGAAGUAGUCAUGCAAAAGAAAGCAGCUGAAGUAGAGUGCAAAUGUUACCCUGGAUUUGUUUACAACAACGCCAGUCAGAAGUCUCUCGGGUGCUAUCAUAAUUUCCCUGUAGACGGCUGCACCAGAAAUGAAGAGCCACGGCUGUGGUACACGGUAGAGGCCUUGGACAAUACAUCGUGGAAUAAUCAAUCUUAUUCAGUGACACCAAAUCAAAACAAGGAAGAUUGCAGUGACUCUUGCCUGGGAGACUGCAAUUGUUGGGCUGUGCUAUAUACAGAUGCUGAUUGCAGAAAAUACAACCUUCCACUUUUAUAUGGCAAAACAACUUCAAAUAUAUUCUCUAAGGGUUUCGUCAAAGUGCUUCUAACCAAACGCCCGACGGUAAAUGAAAGCAAGAAUAAUAGUCUAAUUCUAAUUCUUGCCAUCACUCUGGGUUCCAUUGCAUUCUUGUGUUUUGUCUUUGCCAUCUCGAGUUUCACCAUAUACAAGCACCGAGUUCAUAGGUACAAGAAGCUGUUAAAACAUUCGAGUUUGGCAUUAGCUGAACAAGAGUACUUCACUUUACAAUCGUUUUCUUAUGCUGAGCUCGAAAGAGCAACAUAUGGCUUCAAGGAAGAGAUAGGAAGGGGUACUUUCGGAGCUGUUUAUAAAGGAACUCUAUCCGGGGGCAGCUCUAACAAAACUGUUGCUGUUAAAAGACUGGAGAACGUGGUUGAUGAAGGAGUAAGGGAAUUUAUAGCUGAAAUUACCACCAUUGGACGAACUCACCACAGAAACUUAAUUCAGUUGCUUGGUUUCUGUAUUGAGGGUUCUCGGAAGCUUCUUGUUUAUGAAUACAUGAGCAAUGGCUCACUUGCGGAUCUUAUCUUUAAGGCCAAAAGUGUGCACUCAUCUUGGAAAGAAAGGGUAAGACUUGUAUUCGAUGUGGCUAAAGGGGUCCUCUAUUUACAUGACGAAUGCAGUGUCCAUAUCAUUCACUCCAAUUUGAAACCCCAAAACGUACUCUUGGAUCAUACUUGGACGGCUAAGAUAUCUGAUUUCGGUUUGGCUAGGCUGGUGCCAAAUGAAACAAAAAUCAACUCUACUGGAGGAGGAGGAGGAGCGGGAACAGUCGAAGAGGUGAGAAGAGGUUACUUGGCGCCUGAAUGGCAGAAGAAUGCUCUGAUAUCUGUAAAAGCUGAUAUCUACAGUUUUGGUAUUGUGCUUCUAGAGAUUGUAUGUUGUAGAAGAAACAUUGAAGUAAAUGUUUCAACACCAGAUGAGAUAAUUCUUUCGAGUUGGGUCAGUAAAUGCUUUGCUGCUGGAGAAUUAGAUAAGCUUGUGGAGAACGAUGAAAAUGUAGAUUUGAAGACCCUAGAAAGAAUGGUGAAGGUGGGGUUGUGGUGUGUUCAACAUGAUCCAGCUUUGCGUCCUUUGAUGAAGAAUGUAAUCUUGAUGUUGGAAGGGACAAUGGACAUACCAGUUCCCCCAUGUCCAGAGCUUCCCUCUCUUGUUUGAUGAAUGUGUUUCCAACUUAUCUCUUGAUAAAUUAUGUAUACGUGUUUAUAGGAAUAAGUGAAUAACCUAGACUAAUCGAUUUAGACUCUUUCAUACUAAUUUGGUGUUGGUGAAGAUUAGUCUCUUCUAGCUGAAGAAAUGUUUCUGGACUCUGUUCUGUAAAUUAAGAUAUAGAUAUAUAUAUUGUACUCAAUAAUCAAUAUAAGACCACGUUUAUUCAUUACAAUUAA